GCAAUUGGCUUUGGCCAAACUUGAAGAUCAAACACAAGCUUCGAACAUGCUGCAAGCUAAAGAGCACGAAGAAAGAAACCUGAAACUUGGCUCAAACCAUUCAAGCCACAAGACAGUUGAUCGUCGGUCGAAGAAGCGAACACAACGCGGCUGCGCAUGCGCGUGGAUCAUGUACGACGGAUCCGGACGUGUCUAAAAUUCGCAAUUCAAAUAUUGGCUAAAGAACUGUGACGGUUCUACCGCAAAGUGUGACAAGUGACAAAGAUAUAUAUAAAUAUAUUUUUUAUCCCUUACCAAAAAAAGCAUGCGUGAACGCAGUCAAACGACCCCCAGAAGGCGUCGAACGGGUCCAAAACAGGCAUUACCAGGCAGCUCAUCGGAGGGUGUGGGUGCUCUGGAAUCCCCCUACUAUACCAUUGACAAUACAGAGGAUAUAUAUGGCACUACCCUGCUGCCCUCACAACGUUGCUAUGUGGAUCCUUGGGAUCUGGAGAACUAUGAUUAUGUGAGGAAGAAGAUCGAUGAUGUCACAGGUCAUGAGGCAGUUGAACCCGCCUACGGGACUGGUAACUCCCUGACCCCCAGUCCCACUUAUGGUUAUGGAAUGGGUAUUGGCGAAAACAGUGGCAGGGGAGGCAUGGGCGUGGGCAUGUCCGCAACAAUGCCACGCCCCCACACACAAAGUCGUCGUGUGUCGCGUGCCCAGUGUCAACUAGAGUGCUGUGUGCCCCAAAGGACACGUCGCCGGAGUCGCAGUGCCCGCAAGGAGCCAAUAUAUACGGCUAGGAGCGAGGUAUAUGGAGCACCCAGUCGUUAUGAGGACUACAUGGCCACCAUGACCAGGCAGUUGCAACUGGACCAUGGCGAGGAGGAGGAGGAGCCAGAAGAUCUUUAUGGCGAGGAGCAGCGUCAGCUUUACAACGGUUUCGGGGGCUUCUCCAGCACAAGUUCCACGGAGCAUCCCUCAUCUAUUGGAGAUGAGCAGCCUCUCCCCCAACGACGGGCAGCCACUCUCCAACGUCGCUCGGUACCCAGUCAGCUGAACAAAGGCAACAAUAAUAUCCCUAGCUAUGGAACUGCCCCACAUCCGAGGCGCAAGCGAAGCGGUAAGACCACAUCCCUGGUCGCCCCGCCAAAGAUCGACUUCCCUGCCCCGCCGCCUCUCUCGCCCGCCUAUGACUACUGUAAUCCCUAUGCUACACUGCCGUACUGCAGCAUACCGGAUUGCAGCGAAUGUCACCAGCAAAUCUAUGCAGCACCCUCCACUCUCUAUGGAACAAUGGGUGGUGGAAUGGAUGGAUCCCGGAUGAGGGGAUCAUCGCCACAUUCUAGCGGAGGCGACUCGUCGCUCUACUCGGGAAUUUACGCCCGUAAAUUCGGACUGAGCAAGAAGGGUCUGCUGCAGAUCGACUACUCCUGCAGUUGGAACGAUCUGGACAGGGUGAUGCAGCGCCAUUUUUGAGAUCCAUCAAGGUCACCAUUGGUUGGGGGUCACCAAACAGAAACAUUAUUGUACUUAAGUCAUAUUGCAUAAAUAUUAUAUAAAAAAAAAAACACACACACACACGCAUACACAAGACCAAAUAACUGAACAUGUUUGUCGUAGAUUUAUAGGUUUUUUAAUUUUUGAUAUUUUUACUGAAUAAAUGUUAUUAAAGUCAAGAAUUAAGAUUUUUAUUGGUUUAAUUUAGUGUUAUUAAGUUUGAUUAUAAUAUUAAAAAUAAUCCUUAUUCUGAUAUAUUUUACCCCAAAAAGUGAGCAAAAAUUGGAUAAUUUUAUGGAAUAUUUUUGUAUUUCUGAAUAUAUUUUAAAUUCCUUUCAGUUUGAUGAUUUCAUCCUUUUCCGACGACUUUGAUUAGUUAUUUUAACAAAUGAAUAUAAACUGUUAUAUGUGUUAUACUGUUAUACAACUCUUUCCUUUUAUUAUAUUUGCAUAUCCCUCCUAGCUAGGAACUAGGAACUCUCCAGAGACAAACUAAUUUCAAACCCAAAAAGAAGUUUAGCCAAAAACGAAAAAAAAAAAGGAACAAUCGCCAACCAGCUUAAACCAGAAAUUUUUAGUCAAAUGACUCUAAGCCAAGGCAAGUUUAAUCAACUAAUUAGUUAGGCCAUUGCAACCAAAAAAAAAACAAAAACUUGACUAACUGCCACUGAAUUUCCUUUAAAUUCACACUAAUUAGUUGUGACGUCAUGAGAGGAAUAUUCCUAGUUUGACAUUUAGUUUUGGGGCGGAAAAGAAUGAAAACAUGAAAAUGGUUUUAACGCCGGACUUUGAUGAAUGUUUUGGGAUUGUCAAGCCGUAUAUUGGUCGAACGAGAAAUGCCAAGAGCAGGUGUACACACGAUGGUUAAAAAAUAAGUGGCAGCAGCAGAAAACUUUUUAAAGCACACUUUUCGGAGUUGAAUAAAAAUCGUUGAAGAAAACAAAAAAAACAACGAGAAAUCCAUUAAACUUUCUGCCACCAAAGUGGAAAAUGCAACUUCAGCUCGAUUAUCUCAGCCGGAGGUGCACAAAUACACAGAUACGACCUGUACAAAAGGGAAAAUCAAUAAGGUAAAUAAAACGGAAAAGAUUUUCCUCU